GAGGUUUUGUGGUUUCUGUUGAUGCUCUGCGGAACUUAGAACCCUUCAGCUUCCUUUUGUUUGGUGAACCGGCCAGGCCUUGUGAGCGUAAACAGACCGUAGAAGUACCCAAGCGGCGUUGGUAUUAGAAGAGAAUCCUCUUUGGAAGUCAGACAGGUGGCCCAUCUCUGCAGCAAUCUCGGAGAACUCUGGAUUUUCUAGGAACCAAGGAAGCACUCAGGACACGGCAGCUAUCAUUACCAAUAAAUUGUGCUCGAAUGGACACGCCCAUUGUUGAUGAGAAAGCAUAAACCCAGAGGUACCUGGGACUGAAAAUGUGAUGCAGGUAACUUCUGAAGUAUGGCUGACCACAAUAAUUCCUCCUGCAAUCCUAUACUGACACCCUAUUUAACUGGGCUCUACUGCAUAGUGCUCAUUGGAGGACUGAUGGGCAUCAUUUCCAUUUUGUUCCUGCUGGUGAAAAUGAACACCCGGUCUAUGACCACCACAGCAGUUAUUAACCUGGUAGUGGUCCACAGUGUUUUUCUGCUGACAGUGCCUUUUCGCUUGGCCUAUCUCAUCAAGCAAACUUGGACAUUUGGAUUGCCCUUCUGCAAAUUUGUGAGCGCCAUGCUGCAUAUCCACAUGUACCUCACAUUCCUGUUCUAUGUGGUGAUCCUGGUCAUCAGGUACCUCAUCUUCUUCAAGUGCAAAGACAAAGUGGAAUUCUACAGAAAACUGCAUGCUGUGGCUGCCAGUACCGGACUGUGGCUACUGGUGAUUGUCAUUGUGGUGCCCCUGGUUGUUUUUCAGUAUGGAACUCGUGAGAUGUAUGAUGAGCAAAACUGCUUUGUAUUCCACAAAGAACUUAAUCGUGUAUAUGCUCAAGUCAUCAACUAUAUGAUAGUCACUAUUGUCAUAGCUAUUGUGGUGAUUCUCUUGGUCUUCCAGAUUUUCAUCAUCAUGUCGAUGGUACGGAAGCUACACCACUCCUUACUAUCCCACCAGGAGUUCUGGGCUCAACUGAAAAACCUAUUUUUUAUAGGGGUCAUCCUUAUUUGCUUCCUUCCCUACCAUUUCUUUAGGAUCUAUUACUUGCAUGCUGUGGCACGCUCAAAUGACUGUAACGACAAUGUCAUAUUUUAUAAUGAAAUCUUCCUGAGUGUAACAGCGAUUAGCUGCUUUGAUUUGCUGCUCUUUGUUCUUGGGGGAAGCCAUUGGUUUAAGCAAAAGAUAAUUGACCUGUGGAAUUGCCUUUUGUGCCGUUAGCCACAGACUAAGGUAUUCAGAAUUACUUCCUUUAUGUUGGGAGUAAAAAUGGGCACAGGGAAGUAGGAAUGGUUAUUUCAUUGCUUGUUAAAACUAUGCCUUGACGCAGCCGAACAAAAGGACUAUAAAAUGUCAGAGCAUUCAUUCCAGUUCUUAUUUAAUCCCCACCAUCUCGAAAUUAUUCCCAUGCAAAGACUAGUGAUUUUAAAUCCACCUGCAGUUGCAAUACUGCAUUAUUUUCCAACACAAAGUGUCUACUUGGCCCAUCUGGGAACCAUGGGUCUAACGGUUUCUAGUUUUAUGAGCUUGUUUUAGUUUCCUCAAUUUGGAACAUGGUAUUUUCUUAAGCUUAGGACUGGACUCAGCCCUCUAGUUCUUUUCAUUCCACUCAAACUUAGGUAAGUUAAUCCUGACCAUGAUUCAGCUCCAAAGACAUAAACUCCACUUGGCUAACCAGGUAAGAUGCCCAUUCAACUCACACUCUGACAAAAAACAGAUCGGGGGGAGAAUAGUAAGAAAAUUUUGCAUAUUACCAUAACUUUGGUGGAAAUUCACUUAUCUAGAA